UUCCGGUCCAGUCCGGUCAGAGAUCACUCUUUUAAAAGGCAUACGAAUUAAAGAAGCGAACGUCAACCUUCCAGCAAUCUACGGUUGGUGGUGCCUUUUUCAACUCUCCCACUGCUGUGCGUACCGCUCACAAACCGAUCAGGCAGACACAAAAAACGCUUUCCAAGUUUGAAGAAAGUGCAAGCACUCGUCCCAAGGAGUCCCAAGGAGGUCGAUCAUGAAGUUAGGGUUUUCUUGCCGGCACCAGUCUGAAUAUAAUUGAGUUUAGAGUUUAGAAUCUUGGGGGAUUCAUUGCUGGAAAUCACGUUCUCUAAAGGGCGCUUCUAUGGCCAUGUGGUUGGACUGACAAGUUUUGUGAGAGCUGCUUGCAAUGAUGUCAAGACCCAUGUUGCUUGUUUUUCUGUUGCUUAUACUUAUAAUCACUUCUCAGUUUGAGUGGAAGCAACAACUCGUCUUUGACCUCGACUCAACUCCGAGCAUCUCACAGAAGCACCACCAAAUUUCGAAGAGGGAAGAAGUUGUAAAGGAGAAGAUAAUUUUAACACAAGAACAGAACAUUCAGAGACUCAAUGAACUUGUACGGAGUCUCAGAAAACAAUUGCAGCAGUGCAGAAACAAUAAUGAGACUUCAGAUCGUAAUUUAAGCCCUUUAACUGAGCAUGUUAUCCGGCUAGAACGACAGCAGAUCCUGGAAAACUGAAAUGGGUAUGGGACCAGAGGUGUUAGUGAAUGUUAUACUCAAGUGUUGAUGAAAUGUGAAAUAUGAUUGCAUAAUGAAAAGUUCUAGUUUUAUCCCGGGUCGAGUUAUUGGACUGCAACGGAGGAAGAUUGAGCCAAUUUGAAGAGACCAUUACGCUAUUGUGGCAUUCCAUCCAAACUGAGAACAUCUAGCAAGGUAAGAAGUUUCCGUAGAUGGUUUUAUAGUUCACAUUAUAAGAUGAAUAGUCUUUUUUUUUUUUUCACUGUAACAUUGGCUAUGUAUCAAAAUUUCUUCAGCAGUUCGAUAGCAAUCAACAGAAACUACAGCUUUUUUUUUUCAUACAUACUAUAUCUUAGGCAGCACUGAGUCUUGUUCAACACAAAUCAAAUGAAUUAAAUUCAGUUCCACUCUU